UAUUCAGCUCUGAUAUGAGUUAAACCUUUAGAAUGAGACAUCAAGAGAGCCGCUCGCCUAUAAUUAAACUUUUCAAAAGACGGCUGGACUGUUCGAAAGAGAGCUGGUAUUGAAGUAUUUAGAUGGUGCGGCAAUCUCAUGAACAGUGCACUACUUUCAACUCUUGACUUGAUAACAACAUUCCGUAUAGCGAAAUCAAAUGGCCGCCCUCUAUUCAGUGUUUAUAUUCAUUUUGUCAGUCUAUUUCUCCCACGAAAUCUCCGAUAAACAUUUGAGCUUCUCCGAAAACUUACUUCGAGGAUUCGAAGCCAGAAAGGCCGCGAAACAGCAAACAUGGAGCAGGGAAGAUGCCGAAGUUCCAAGAUUUCUGCUCGAUUUGUACAGACAGCGAACGCAUUUAGUACCGCGAGGUAGAUUGAACAAAAGAGUCUCCGACAUUGUUAGAGUCUUUUUGCGAGAACGUAAGUAUACUCUGAUUCAGAAGUAAUUUGAUGAGGUAGACUUGAGUAGCUGCUGCAAGAAAAGGACCCAGUGUAGACAACAGAGUCAGGUACAUGUCAUAAUAAUCUAUGCCGCACAUUGCGAGUCUUACACUUUGUUGCUUUACUCCAGCCUCAGGGCAAGAUGAACACAGAUCAGGACCACUCCAUCACCGAUUCUUCUUCAACCUAUCAGCAAUAACAAACAAGGAGAAAAUUAAGAAGGCUGAGCUGAGAAUUUUUAAGAAGAAGCCACUCAGGCAGAGCACAGAAGGGAACUUCAUGAUACGUCUAUUCAGUUUGGACGUUUCAUGCAACAAAAGCAGUCAACUGCAAAAAAACAACGGCGUCUUUGUCACUUCUCGUCUUGUCAGCAACAAAGAAAAAGUAGGUCGGUGGAUUAGCCUGGACAUAACAUCUGUCGUUAAAUUGUGGAAAGCAAAGACAGGGCAAAAUUUUGGCAUUCGCCUGUCUGUACAAGGUUUUAGUGCGUUUUCCAAAGAUUUCCGAAUUGGUAACCGAGGAAGAAGAGCACCUUUCCUGGUAACCUACACUAAAGAUCCACAAGUGGGGAUUGAGUUGACAAAGAGUUUAAUAAAUUGCACCAAUAGUCAAGUUAUAGAACGAAAUGAUGACUCUCCAAACAACACUUCCACAGUGGCGAGAAACCGAGCUAAACGUUCUUCUCUUCAGAUAUGCAGAAAGCGUUGGGCUUACGUCUCGUUUAAAAAGUUGAAAUGGGACUGGAUUGUAGCUCCAAAGGGGUACAGUGCAAACUACUGUGAAGGAAUUUGUACGACUAAUCUUGAUAUAACUCUUAACCCAACAAAUCAUGCCAUCUUGCAGAGCAUCUUACAUAGAAUGGACAGUCGCAUACCAUCUCCAUCAUGCGUCCCGACCAAAUUGCACAGUAUAAGUGUUUUAUAUAGAACAAGUGACAGAUCUGUUGCCUUAACUGAGUACGGUGGAAUGAUUGUGUCAAGUUGUGGAUGUCACUAGUUUUACCACACUUUUCCUCUAAGAGUGAAACAAUCGAAAACCAAGUAUUUGGAUAAAUUAAACGAGAGUGAAAACCAAAUAUUACAAACCAGCACCUUUGAUUUGAACAGUAUUCUUUGAGCUCUAAGUAUUUUUCUUUGAGGGUAUCUCAAAACUCCUGCAAGAUAGCUACAUUAUUGCACUUUCAAAGAGAUUAACUGGUUAAAUAAGAUAUUGGUACGAGUGCACCAUUGCGAGGAAAACAUCUCCAAAGAUUAAACCUUUCUACAUUCUAUGUCGCGAUUUUAUUUGACAAAACUAUAUCAGGAAG